CGGUGCGCACUGGGCCCGCGGGCGGCUCUUGCGGCGGCGACAGCGGCGAAGGCGACGGCAGAGACGGCUAUGGGGAGCGGAGGCGUGAUCCACUGCAGGUGUGCCAAGUGUUUCUGCUAUCCUGCAAAGCGAAGAAUAAGGAGGAGACCCCGAAAUCUGUCCAUCUUGAGUCUCCCUGAAGACGUGCUCUUUCACAUCCUGAAAUGGCUCUCCGUCGGUGACAUCCUCGCUGUGCGAGCUGUGCACUCCCACCUGAAGGACCUGGUGGACAGCCAUGCCAGCGUGUGGGCAUGUGCCAGCUUCCAGGAGCUGUGGCCGUCUCCGAGGAACCUGAGGCUCUUUGAAAGGGCUGCCGAAAAGGGGAAUUUCGAAGCUGCUGUGAAGCUGGGCAUCGCCUACCUCUACAACGAAGGCCUGUCUGUGUCUGAUGAGGCCCGGGCGGAAGUGAAUGGCCUGAAGGCCUCCCGCUUCUUCAGUCUCGCCGAGCGACUGAACGCGGGCGGCGCACCCUUCAUCUGGCUCUUCAUCCGCCCGCCUUGGUCGGUGUCGGGAAGCUGCUGCAAGGCCGUGGUGCACGAGAGCCUCAGGGCGGAGUGCCAGCUGCAGAAAGCUCACAGGGCGUCUAUACUGCACUGCCUUGGGAGAGUCCUGAGCCUCUUCGAGGAUGAAGAGAAACAGAAGCAGGCCCGGGACCUGUUUGAAGAGUCUGCCCAUCAGGGGUGUUUGACCAGCUCGUACCUCCUCUGGGAAAGUGACAGAAGGAUGGAUAUGUCGGAUCCUGGGCGAUGCCUCCACAACUUCCGGAAACUCAGGGACUUCGCUGCCAAAGGCUGCUGGGAAGCACAGCUCUCUUUAGCCAAAGCCUGUGCGAACGGAAACCAGCUGGGACUUGAGGCGAAAGCCUCCAGCGAGAUUGUGAGCCAGCUGUUCCAGGCCUCCCGCGCCGUCAGCAAGCAGAGGGUCUUCUCCGUGCAGAAGGGACUCAACGACACCAUGAGGUACAUUCUGAUCGACUGGCUCGUCGAGGUGGCCACCAUGAAGGACUUCACUAGCCUGUGCCUUCACCUGACCGUGGAGUGCGUGGACCGCUACCUGCGGCGGCGGCUGGUGCCCCGGUACCGGCUCCAGCUGCUGGGCAUCGCCUGCAUGGUCAUCUGUACCCGGUUCAUCAGCAGAGAGAUCCUGACCAUCCGCGAGGCCGUGUGGCUCACGGACAACACCUACAAGUACGAGGACCUGGUGAGGAUGAUGGGAGAGGUCGUCUCGGCCCUGGAGGGGAGGAUCCGGGUCCCCACCGUGGUCGAUUACAAGGACGUCCUGCUGACGCUGGUCCCCAUGGCAACGAGAACCCAGCAUCUUUGCAGCUUCCUCUGCGAGCUCUCCCUGCUGCACACCAGCCUGGCCGCCUACGCCCCGGCCCACCUGGCCGCGGCCGCCCUGCUCCUGGCGAGGCUGACGCACGGGCAGACACAGCCCUGGACCACGCGGCUACGGGAUCUCACUGGGUUCUCCUGUGAAGACCUCAUACCCUGUGUCUUAAGCCUGCAUCAGAAGUGCUUCCACAACGAUGCCCCCAAGGACUACAGGCAGGUCUCUCUUACGGCCGUGAAGCAGCGAUUCGAGGACAAGCGCUACGAGGAGAUCAGCCAGGAGGAGGUGCUGAGCUACGGGCAGCUGUGCGCAGCUCUGGGAGUGAAGCAGGAGAGCCCAGAGCCCGCGUCCUUCCUCAGCACCGGGGAGCUUCCCGCCUUCCUCAGCUCUCCCUCUGGAAGGAGAACCAAGCGGAAGCGGGAGAAUAGCCUCCAGGAGGACAGGGGCAGCUUCGUCACCACGCCCACCGCCGAGCUGUCCAGCCAGGAGGAGGCGCUGCUGGGCAGUUUCCUGGACUGGAGCCUGGACCACUGCUCCGGCUAUGAGGGCGACCAGGAGAGCGAGGGCGAGAAGGAGGGCGACGUGACGGCUCCCAGCGGUGUCCUGGAUGUCACUGUGAUCUGCCUGAACCCAGAACAGCACUGCUGCCAGGAGUCCAGUGACGAGGAGGCCCGCCCAGAGGACAGGGGGUGCCAGACACACACGCCGCGGGCCCCAGGCCCCGCGCUCCCCCUCUGCAGCAGACGGGGGCCGGGCAAGGACGGCACGACGUCGGGGUACUCCUCCGUCAGCAGCGCGAGUCCCACGAACUCCGCGGACGGCUCGGGGGCCCCUCCGCAGCCUACCUCAGCGCUGUCCCUGGGCUGCAACUUGAACACGAGGCCCUGCCCCCAUCCCUCCAGGAAGUCAUGUUUACAGUGCCGCCCCCCAAGUCCCCCGGAGAGCGGUGUUCCCCAGCACCAGGGGAAGAGGAAAAACCUGUCCCCCCACAGUGAGGAGGAGGAGGACAUGAACUUGGGCUUUUUGAAGCUGUGAGUGUGUCGGAGCGUUUGCUGCAGUGAAUGUUUGCUGAGGGAGGGGGCCCUGGAGACGGAUCCCCGGAGACCCCCUGGUGGUGGUCACACAGGGAGCCAGGAGGAGAACCGGGGGCCAUAAGGGUGUUUCUCCAGGGCAGUCAGUCCAUUGCUAGCCCUCAGGGUGUCUCCAUCACAACAGAAACUCAGACCCUUCUCUUGGCAAAGUUUAGCCUCGAAGCAGCCAUGCCCUCAUGUGUGAAGCUUGUCUCUGUGCCACCCUGUGUCUGUCCUGCUUUCUCUGGAAGGCUUUAGCCCACGUCCUGAUCUUCCAGCCCCCCUGAGCCCCACGCAUGCCGAGAGCCAACAGCUGUCACAACAGGAACAUGUGGGACCCAGGUGUCCUGGCACAGCUGUCCCCCUUCCCACAUGGGUCAGCUUUGGGUUCGGGAGAGCCAACUGCUCUGAGCGCACCCCCCCCCCCCCGUGCCCGCGCCCACCUGCCUUGGGCACCUGCUUAUUCCUGUCCUCCCUGGGUGGUGGGUCUUCCAGUGCGGGAGCUCUGAGCCUGGAUGUCUUGGUCACAGGCUCCCUCCCUCCCACGUUCUCAGCUCAUCUUGGAAAUCUGCCCUCCUCUUGUCAUGGUCUGUCCACGCUAAUGGUGUCUGUAAGAACAUCCCUCUGCACUGAAUUUCUGGGCUGUUGUCUUCCCUUUCUUUAUUUUCAUCCUUCAUUUCUCUAAGAGAAAAAUUAAAAAUAGAAGGUUUUAAAUUUUUAAAAGUUCUCAACAUUGUUUAGGCUCAACUAAAAGAAGUUUGAUUCAUA